GAACAGUGUGGGACCUUCAGGCUCCUGGUGUUUGACUUGUCUCCGUAGAUGCUGUGACCAUGGCAUCCCAAGGCCAGGUCAUUUUCUGGAGCAUGACUACAGUCAUUGUCAUCCUGGCUGCAGUGAUCGCCCUGAUCAUUGGUUUUGGUGUCUCAGGAAAACACUCCAUCAGUGUGACGGCGCUGACAUCUCCAGGGAACAUUGGUCAGCACAGCAUUCUGGGCUGCUCUUUCGAGCCCGACAUCCAGAUGGACAGCAUUGCAAUCCAAUGGGCCAAGGAGGGGGUAGCUGGGCUGGUUCACGAGUUUAAGGGUGGGAAGGACGACCUGCAAGAGCAGGAUCCAUCAUUUCAGGGCCGCACGGCCGUGUUUGCAGACCAGGUGAUCGGCGGGAAUGCUUCCCUGGAGCUGAGGGAUGUGCAGCUCUUCAAUGCUGGCACCUACCAGUGCUCUGUCACCACAGCCAGAGGGAGUGGGACAGCAGUGCUGCGAUACAGGACGGGAGCCUUCAGCAUGCCCGUGGUGCAGGUGGAGCACAGCAGCCAAGGGGCCACGCUGCAGUGCGAAGCCCCGCGCUGGUUCCCUCGCCCUGCCCUGCGCUGGACGGCCUGCGGUGACACUGGGGAGCACCUGCCCCUCGCUGCCACCACCAGCUACGAGCUGAACCCCGAAAACAUCACUGUGAAGCUGGUUUCCCUCCUGCACAACAUCACUGCUAAUGCCACCUACAGCUGCGUGAUUGAAAACAGCAUUGCCAAGGCUGUGGUCAACAUGAGAGUGACAGAUUUCAGCUUUACAAAGGUGAGCAACUUGCAGCUGGUGAACCUGAAUGCAGAGUCAGUGUCAUCCUCCUUUCCAGCCUGUCACUGGCUGCUUCUGCUUCCCUUGUACCUGCUGUCAAUAUAAAGCCUCUGUAAAGCAAUUGGGAACUCUGCUGGACCCGCAGGUAAGCUUGGGAAGAGAAACCCAUAUACAUACAAUACAUGGAGG